CAUUCACACCCUGACCUUAGGUAUCGCAGCCUGAUAGAGAAGGGCUUUCCAAAUAUUAAUAAAGAAGACUUGUUAUUUAGAGAAAGGUCAAUUACCUGUGAAGAUGUUUUGCGGACUUUGCAGACGAAAGGAGAUUGAAUCUGAAGAUGAUGAGGAAGUUGGAGACAAGCAGUUCUCCAGCCCACAGAGGAGAGUCAUUGUUCAGGAGGACAACACUGUUUCAGCUCUUCCUGAGGCUCCGAAGAAAAAAGCCAAGGAGGCUUCCUGGCGUAGGUUGUUCCAUCGUAAGAAGAAAACCAAGCAGCAGACUGCCGUAAAGGAAGAUGUGUCAGAAGCCACGAACCUGCCUUCUUCUGCCACAGAAAAGACUGUCAACACCACCGAGGAACCCGCAGCAGAAGCUGAUGUGCAGGAAGCUUUAGCCAUCCCCGACACUCCACUCCCAGCUGCAGCUGAGGGUGAGGUGAAGAAUACGGAUGUGGCAGAAAUUCCCGAACUGCCCUCUUCUGCCACAGAAAAGAGUGUCAACACCACCGAGGAGCCUGGAGAAGAAGCUGUCCAGGAAGAUGUACCUGCCCCUGACACUCCAGUCCCAGCUGCCGCUGAGGAUGAAGAUCUGGCAGCUUCUUCCUCAGAAACAAUUGUCAACACCACCGAGGAGUCCGAGGGAGAAGCUGAUGUCCAGGAAGCUUCAGCCAUUGCUGACACUUCAGUCUCAGCUGCAGCUGAGAAUGAGGUGAAGGUACAAGAUGAGGCAGAAAGCCCAGAACUGCCCUCUUCUGCCACAGAAAACAGUGUCAACACCACCGAGGAGCCUGGAGAAGAAGCUGUCCAGGAAGAUGUACCUGCCCCUGACACUCCAGUCCCAGCUACAGCUGAGGAUGAAGAUCUGGCAGCUUCUUCCUCAGAAACAAUUGUCAACACCACCGAGGAGUCCGAGGGAGAAGCUGAUGUCCAGGAAGCUUCAGCCAUCGCUGACACUUCAGUCCCAUCUGCAGCUGAGAAUGAGGUGAAGGUUCAGGAUGAGGCAGAAAGCCCAGAACUGCCCUCUUCUGCCACAGAAAACAGUGUCAACACCACCGAGGAGCCUGGAGAAGAAGCUGUCCAGGAAGAUGUACCUGCCCCUGACACUCCAGUCCCAGCUGCCGCUGAGGAUGAAGAUCUGGCUGCUUCUUCUUCAGAAACAAUUGUCAACACCACCGAGGAGUCCGAGGGAGAAGCUGAUGUCCCGGAAGCUUCAGCCAUCGCUGACACUUCAGUCUCAGCUGAAGCUGAGAAUGAGAUGAAGGUUCAAGAUGAGGCAGAAAGCCCAGAACUGCCCUCUUCUGCCACAGAAAACAGCGUCAACACCACCGAGGAGUCCGAGGGAGAAGCUGAUGUCCAGGAAGCUUCAGCCAUCGCUGACACUUCAGUCCCAGCUGCAGCUGAGAAUGAGGUGAAGGUUCAAGAUGAGGCAGAAAGCCCAGAACUGCCCUCUUCUGCCACAGAAAACAGUGUCAACACCACCGAGGAGCCUGGAGAAGAAGCUGUCCAGGAAGAUGUACCUGCCCCUGACACUCCAGUCCCAGCUGCAGCUGAGGAUGAACAUCUGGCAGCUUCUUCCUCAGAAACAAUUGUCAACACCACCGAGGAGUCAGAGGGAGAAGCUGAUGUCCCGGAAGCUUCAGCCAUCGCUGACACUUCAGUCUCAGCUGCAGCUGAGAAUGAGGUGAAGGUACAAGAUGAGGCAGAAAGCCCAGAACUGCCCUCUUCUGCCACAGAAAACAGUGUCAGCACCACCAAGGAGCCAGAGGAGGCUUCACCCACCCAUGACACUGGAAAAACAACAGCUGGAAAGAAGAAAGUAAAGGCGCAUCAUUGGCUCAUAUUUUGGCAAAAGAAACAGAAGGUUCAGUGUCCCACCUCUCCAAGAGUUUAUGGUGGGAGACUAAAGGUCAAACCCAUCAUCGACGAUCUGAGCACGAAUGUAGGCAGAAAAAUUCGAAACAUCAUCAAAGGAAAGCUGCCCAAAGAUGAGCUUGUUGCCCUAGGAUUCCCCAACCUGGCGCGGACAUGCUACAUGAACUCCAUUCUGCAAGGCCUCCUGACGAUUACCGAUUUCAUUCAGGAUAUCUGCAACCAGGAGAGUGUGUGGAGUUCUCUCCCCAACUCGGAGCUCCUCAGAGGAUUUGUAAAAAUCAAACUCUCCAGGUGCACUAGGAGCAAGGCAGUGAAAAAACAAGCACUGACUGCCUUUAAAAGGACUGUUGCUGAGUUCAACUCAGAGUUUGAGGAUGACAGACAGAAAGACGCCCAUGAGUUCCUCAGCUGUGUUCUGAAUCAGCUGAGGUGUGUGUCCGCCGACCUGCAGGCAGAAGCAUUUAAAAAGGGCUGCAGUUACACCUGCCCUGUUGAUGCUAACAUCACCUUCCAGAUGUUGAGCACCAGGACCUGCAAUGGAUGUGGUAUGCAGUCUACCCGCAAGGAGGACUACAUCAACCUGUCACUGGACCUGGUGCCUGGAGGCACAGUUAGCCAGUGUCUGCAGGAUUACUUAAAAGAGAAUCAGCUGGAGUAUCAAUGUGAGUGUGGUGCUGAGACGUCAUCGCAGCAGGGGUCAUUUUUGACACUGCCAAAUGCACUGAUCAUCCAGCUGAAGAGGUUUAAUUACACCGAAUGCCUAGAUCUGGAGAUCAAGAUCAACAGCCACAUCACUUUAUCAAGACAGCUAGUGCUGAAUACUGAGUCCAGCGCCAGUGAACAGACACCGUCUUGCUACUCCUUAAUGAGCAUCGUCAGCCAUUUGGGUUCCUCAGCUCACUUUGGCCAUUACAUCUGUGACGGAGCUCACGGGGAUGAGAAACCGCAGGACAUGUCUGACAACUGGCUAACAUACAAUGACAAGGACGUCCGUGAGACAACCAGCACUUUUGUUUGUCACCUGCGGCAGCAAACAGCAUACCUGCUGUUCUACAUGAAACAUCAGUAGAAGAGCAGAAGAGGAGAGGACCGGAGAAGAAGACGAGAGGACAGAAGAAGAAAAAGGGGCAGGAGAAGAAGAGCUUUCGGUUUUCAAAGUCCCUUCAUUGGACCAUUUUCAAAUAAGAUCCAUAAUCAAAGAAAUUCAACAUACAUAAAACAAGACAAAGAAAACAAACUUGAAAAAUUUGAAACCAAAUGUUAUCAAUACAAACUUUGUGCUUUUUCCUAUCAGCAACGGGACGAGAGGAGAGGACAGGAGGAGAAGAGGAGAAGAGGAGAGAAGAGCCCAACACCCGCGGACCAGCCAGCGAAUUCGGAUGUGCUCGGCCUACGACAUCGGCUUGGGGUCCUGCGUUUACACAUGAUUUGAAAAAAACCUGCCUAAAUUAGUGAAAUUGAAACACUUUAUCCACACUCUUGCCACAGCAUGCCGUGACAGCAUGUUGUGGCAAGAAUGUGUGGCUAAAGCAUUUCCCAAUGCCAUCGCUGUAAUAGUACUGUCUGACGUACAGUCAGGUAAAUUGUGUUAAUAGGAUACGGCAUCUGUAAAACGCAGGACCCCGAGCCGAUCUGACAGACCG